AGCAGGGUCUGUACUGAGCCAUGAACAGCUCCUCCAGCCUACAGCUCCCCAAUCGACAGGACCAGGACGAGGACGAGGAAGAUGAGGAGGAGGAGGAGGAGGAGGCCUACGGCGCCAGGCUCAUCCCUCGCUCGUCCCCUGUCCCCCGCAAGCGCUCGUUCUCUGGCGAGGAGCUGGGCGAGGUGCCCCCGGGCCGCAAGGUGUCCUUCGCUGACGCCCGGGGCUUGGAGUUGGCGCGGGUCUGCGUGUUCGAGCAGUUCCCCGUGUGGGACGAGGAGGAGGGGGAUGCCAGCCCCCGGCCGGGCUUUCGGCUGUGCCCGGCCUUCGCCCAGGGGCUCUCGGCGCAGCAGCUGCUCGACCGGGUGAGGCGGCACAAGGUGGAGCUGGAGAGCGUGCGCGGGGCGACGGACGACCCGCUCUCGGUGGACUGCCUGGCCCGCGUCCUCAACCUCGCCUACCAGAAGUCGGUGCAGGCCCGCUGCACGUUAGACGAGUGGCGCAGCCACUACCAGCAGCCGGCCGAGUACGUGCCGGGAGCCGCCGACGGCGCCAGCGACUGUUUCGCCUUCCGCCUCUCCUACCCCUGUGCCAGCGCCCGCGAGGGGGCCCGGCUCCACUUCGUGCUGCGCUACGAGACGCCCGGAGGGGUCUACUGGGCCAAUAACGGAGGGGCCAACUACACCCUGGUGUGUCGGGCCACGGGGGACCCAGUGGGGGAGUCUGCGCCCUCCCAGAGCCCGGGCAUCCCCCUCAGGAGCUGCCUCAAGGUCACGCCGCACAGGUAAGGGCACUCAGGCCAUCCC